UACGUGCAAUGCCCGGCUUGCAUCAUGAGGUUGUGAGGCAUAUAUGCGAGGAGGUGCAUCAUAGGACUGUGGGGCCGCAUGCGAGAGAUUUGAAUCAGUACAAGGCGUGGUCAAAUAAGGUGUAUGGGGAAUUUAGCACUAGUUUUGUCACUGAACUCGCGUACGUCACGGAGAUGAAACCCACAUCAAAAGUGCUCGACCUUGGCAGCGGCACAUCUCACGCAUUGCUACAAGCCUGCCUUCUUUCCGGGUGCACCUCGCUUGGCAUCGAGCUCCGCGAAGACGCGUCCGCGAUUGCAGACGAGCAGGUGGCCGAAUGUGAGAAGCGCGCACGGAUGUGGGGUGUGAGCUGGGGGGGAGGGGUCACGGCUAUCCAAGGUGACUUCACGGACUCAGCGGAGGUGCGCAAGUGGAUCAGCGAAGCAGACGUCAUUAUCUGCAACAAUUAUGCUUUCAAAUCUGAUUUGAAUAACACCCUACGGCAGAUGUGGAUGGACUGCAAGCUCGGGUGCAAGAUCGUCUCUCUUCUCCCUUUUAAAAGCAAGAACUUCAAGGUCCGCCUAGACUCCAUGGACGAUCCACAGAGCAUCCUCGCCGUUGAGGAGAGAAAAUAUCGCAAGGGUGCAGUGUCCUGGACGCACGAAGCGGGAAAGUAUUAUCUGCAUACGUGUGAUCGUACGGAAUUGUGGGAGUUUGCCCGGAAGCAUGGAUGGUGAUCAUCGGAUUCUGGUCGGUCAUACCUCGCAACUUUCACCCUAGUUCAUACCUCUCAAGCAUCCAUACCCCUUUGCAGAGACUUUUGGACUUGUUUCUUCUACAUGUAGAUAUUUGCAAUUUCUCCCCUUAUUCUCCCAGUACAUACCAGAUGUAUAAGUAGUAC